GGUUUUAAGAACGAAGCGGACUAUACCCUGAGGGUUUAGUGGGCCCCAGUGACUGGGGUUCGAAACGUGCAGCUGCUAACGUUGCCUUUAUGGCUUUGUGGGCCGCCAAAAACGGCUUCGAUACAGAAUCCAACCAGGAGUGGGCCAGGAGGCAGAUCGGCCAGAUGCUGGGAGACAACCCUAAGUACCAGUCCUUUGUUGUGGGCUACGGUGUGAACCCUCCUGAGAAGCCUCACCACCGCUCCAGCUCCUGUCCCAGUCUUCCAGAAAGCUGUAUCGGGGCAUUUAACAACCCAGGACCCAACCCACAGACACUCUACGGUGCCCUAGUUGGCGGUCCAGGCUUGGACGGGAAUUACACUGACGACCGCGGGGACUACCAGCACAACGAGGUGGCUUGUGACUACAACGCUGCCUUCACCGGAGCUCUGGCUGCUUUAGCUGAAAUAAGCUAAAUGUACAGACCAAAAUGAUGGAUGAUAACGCCUGCUCUGCAGGCAAAACGUUUCGUAAAUAAAGAUAUCCAAAUA